CUCUUCUUUUCUGCUUCAACCAAAGAAAUUUUACAGGCAUUUUAUUUCUCAAUUUCUUUUAAUUCCAUUUCCUUCUUAUUACUCCUUUUCUGCAUUCUCUUAUCUUGCUUCAAUUCUGGGUAUCCAAAUUAAUGUUAUUUGCCGUAUAGAGGAUAUACAAUCAUACAAUGUUAAACGUCAGGGCAAAAAAACAAAAUCAAGAUGAAGAAAGUAGUUUGUUCGUCAAUAUACCUACCAUCUCCGAAUAUGGGGCUCUAUCAAAGGUUUCCAGCGAGGAGCCUUCUUCUUCAAAGGAAACUAGUGAGGAAAUUGAAGAUAUCGAAAAUAGUUACAAUAAUGACAACAACAAUCAUAGCAAUGGAAGUAAUAGUAGCAUUAAAAGAAGGAAAAAACGACGUUUAGAAAAACGACAAUGCUGCAGACCGAGAAUGUCAACGAGCAGGUUAUCGUCCUUAUUGCAUAGUAGUGCCGAAAACUCUGAUGAUGACGAACGUACCAGAGGAGCGAAUUUGGUUCUACCUGCCCUUGAUCCAAGCGCAAAAGAAGUGAUCGAGUCCAUCCCAUGCACUAACUCUUGGGAUCAUCUUUUUAUGCGGCAGCAACAGAUUAACUUCAGCACUGUGCGUGCAAAUUAUAGAAAUGAACGAAAAAAGGCUCGGGAUAAUGUUCAGAAAAAGUCGAUAAAAAACCGAAUUUUAGAAUAUUAUCAUCACAGUCCAGUCAUUCUGUUUAUCAAAAACAUACUAUUUGCAAAGAAUACGAUUGUUUUGUUUGUCAAUCUAGACCUAUUAGUAGAUCUUUUUUUCUGUCUUUCAUAUUUUAUUGAGAUGAAACAAGAGUUCGACGUCGAUCUUGAGCCGAACUGGCUGUACAAAUGGCGAUCGUACAAUUUAUGGCUAGCAUGUUGCAUCUUCUCUUAUUGGGACUUGUCUUCCUUUGCAAUACGGCUCCUUAUAUCCAAGCAUUGGUUACCUGUGCUGUUUAGCUUCCGCGGUUUCAUGGAAUUGACGACAACUGUACCUUUUCUUCUAUCGACCUACAUUCCGAACGGGAGAUAUCUUUAUGUUCCGUAUUUCAUUAGAAGCUGGGUAUUGUUACUCAGAAUAAAAAGCGCAAUGAAGAUAAAAAUUAAUCUACAAAUAGAAGAUAAACCUGUUGAUCCACUUAGGACGAAAUUAAUCCAUCUCGUAUCUACUUUGAUUGUUUUGGUAUAUAACGGAACAUGUGCAUUUCAAUAUUGUGAGGUAACAUUUGGAGAGCAGAACUACACCAUUUUGGAAUCUGUUUAUGUCGUCAUGGUUACUCUCUCGACGGUUGGAUAUGGAGACAUAUCUCCCAGUACACCGCAAAGUCGCAUUGUCAUGAUGCUUUUGAUCAUUAUGACUGUUUCCGUAUUACCUGGACUGGUAACCGAUGUUGUUGAUACGCUCGGGAAGCGUAAAGAUCUAUCUGAACUCGUUUCUGAAUAUUUAGAGGGUGAGGGGCACGUAAGCCGUAAUACCGCGCCUUUCAUUCUUAUUGUUGGCUCAUUUACACCCGAUCAAGCCAUUGAGCUCCUAGACGGGUUUUUGAACGCAGAAAGCACACAGUGUCACUUGAGCGUUGUAUUUCUAGAUAUCAACAGACCAACGGAGCAAUUAAAGGCCCUGGAAAGAAACUCGAUCUGGGGACAUAGAGUGCAAUUCCUUCAUGGAUCCGUGCUUGUAACGAUAUUAUUUGGUUCAAAUCCAGCUUGGUUUACUAGCUCACUUUACCUUUUCUCUUUACCAAUAUAUUAUCAAGCAAGGUACGCAGAAGCUAUUUUCACUAUUUCAGAUCAGAAUGCGUCUGAUCCGUCGAAAGAAGAUGAAAGGAAUACUGUUCGGUUAUGGUCUUUAUACUGCCAUACAGUAAGCCACCAAGUCCCUAUCUAUACUUAUAAUCUUUCACCAAGUACAGCUAUCUACCAGAAGGUGGCAAAAGAAAUUAUAUGUGUUCGCGAAUUCAAGCAAUAUCUUUUGGCGAUGAACUGCCGAUGUCGUGGUGCAUCCACACUGCUUACUAAUCUGCUUCACCAACGAGAGCCCAUCAAUCAAUACGACGAAGGCUGGCAAGCUCAAUUCGAUGAUGGGUCUUGCAAUGAGAUUUAUACCAGGAGAGCACCCAAAUGCAUACAGGGACUUACCUUUGGACAAGCAGCUUUGUUCUUAUUUGAAGAAGCACAAGUGAUUUUAUUCGCUGUCAAAACCUUUAUGAAAGAAAGAAACGACUUUGAAAUAUUGCUUAAUCCUAGCAAUUUUUACGAAAUCAAACCAACCGAUGAAUGUGUAUACAUUGCGGAAGGACCAAGCGAUAUAGUUGGUCUCGACUUUUUGGUUCAGCCAACAUUGAUAAGGGAUACUCAUCGAAAAAAUGGACAUCGUACUGCUAUGGCCGAUCAGCCACCAUGUUAUCAGUACCUCUCAACAGCAAUGAUGAAUGGUAUCAUGCCGUUAAAGCAAUCAACCUUAGAUUUUCUGGCAAAGACCUUUAAUCGUCAGCCGACAUCUUCACCUUGCGCCAGCAGCCGAAGUACGUCGCGUCACUAUAAAACACGAAAGCAUAGUGUCAACAGCGUCUGCCUCAAUCAAUCAUUUUCCAUCUCAGAGCUACCUUCAGAACGACAUGCCUUAUUAACGGGUAGCCGUGCUUUAAUCAAACGUAUUGGACAGUCUUUUCCUACCGAGCAGCCCAUUUCGAGUGAUUGUUCAACCCAUUCUCGGGCCGAUAAAGAUACAUCUUUGCCAUUAUGUUAUCUACUCGAUGCUAAAGAGCCCGCAAAGCUCGAGGACAUCACCAUUCAGACGACAGAGGGCAUUGAAAACCACGUACUUGUCUGUUUGCACCGCGAGUUCAUCAAUAUGUUCAAGUUUAUAUACAACUUACGAUCGCCUAAUAUAAAAGCAGAAGAUUUGCAGGAUAUUGUGAUUCUCUGUUCCAGUCGACCUUCGGCGAAAAUUUUCUCGCUGAUCAAUACCUUUCCUAAAGUAUAUUUUAUGGAGGGAAACUGUAGACAUCCAGAUGAUCUUCUUCGAGCAGGAGCAAAGAAAGCAAAGCAAAUUGUAAUUAUGAGUGAAAAAGAGUGUCUCGAUCAAUAUGCACGCAAUUCAGAUGGUCCCGCAGUGAUGGCCAGCCAUAUUCUGGAUCUUUUAUUACAGGAAAGACCCAAAGAUGCCUAUACGAUUGUCAAUUUGUUCGAAAAGAGCAAUAUAAGGUUUAUGCAUUUACUCCAAGGAAAGGAUGUUGCGGAGGAAAUAGACGUCUUUUACACGCCUGCGUACGCAGCGGGUGAUGUGAUUGCUGAUAGCCUGAUCAGCAAUGUGCUUUUGAGUCAGACAUAUUACAAGCCUGACAUUGUUUCCAUUAUCAAGACGUUAUGUGGUAUGCCCGGUCCUCUGUAUGACGGCUCAGCAGCUUAUUUAUUAUCCAAUACACCAGGUAUUACAACAGCAACGACAGCCGCACGAUUAGCGCCGCAUCUGACAAGCGUUCCCCUACCAUGUGAAUUUGUUGGGCAAAAUUAUUCCGUACUGUUCAAAACCCUACUGACACAGUAUGAAGUGCUGGCUAUCGGUUUGUAUCGUGCGCCAGAUGAGAAAUUAGGGAAUGAGUUGCCGUUUGUUUAUGCCAACCCUGUACCCUCAUUGAUACUAAAGGAAUCAGAUAUGGUUUAUUGCUUCUCUCCGCCAGGAUGGGUUUUGUAAUUUUCCCUUUUGAUACAGACCCACGUAGCUCUUAAAAUGACUUUAAUUGAUAAAGUAAUGACAACAUGACAUAAAAAUAAGAAAUAAACUU